AUGAAAGCUGAAUGUAUGUAUUUAACAAGUCCACUCGAAUGGAAUCAAUUUAAUCCAAAUAUAUUCAACGGUCAAUAUUAUAAUUCAACAAAACAAAUUCCAUUGACAGAUUUACAUAUGAAACGUUUAUUUUUAUCUUCACUUCCACCAGAAAAUGAUUCAUCUACGAAACAUAUUAUUAAUUAUUGGCUUAUUAAUGGUGGUGAUGGUGGUUCACAAUUUGCUAUGGAAAAAUUUGGAGUAUCUAUGGGAGGAGCAGGAAUGAGUAAACCAUCGAUUCAUUGUUAUACAGCAACAAAUUGGACUGAUUGUGCUAAAGAAUUAAUUGACACAACAGUUCCACAUUCACCUAAUCAAUCAUUGAGUAUAAUACAUGCAAUGACAAAUGCAAAUAUUGCACAAGAUUUACAAUAUCAAAUUCAAUAUUCAAUAAAUCAAUCACAACCGACAAUUCCAACAUCAACUUAUAUUUAUGGAUUGAGUCAGGGUAAUUGAAAUUUAAAUCUAACAUACUUUGAGAAAAUACAAAACAUCUCAUUGCAAUAUAUAUUAUUCAUGUUUUGACUAUUCACUUUUCAUAGACAAAAUUUAUUUUAGAUGAUAGUUAGAUGUUCGGUCUUCGCCGUAUAAGAAACACUAUUUACUGACGUAUGGACAAACAAAAUACCAAUCAUUUUCAAUUUCGAUCUUGAACAAUAUCAGAUUCUAAAGACAACAAUAAAAUCUUUUUUAUUUUUAAGUGCAAUUGAGAAACCAUUUGGGAUCUUUUAGAUCGUCUUAAAUCACUUCUUUUUUCCUGAAAUGACACCAGAUUGACUUUUUAGGAUGGCCUUAUUUGUAUAAAAAAUGUUUAAAACAAUAAAUAGAUGCAUAAUAAUCUUUUUCAUUCGAAAAAAGAAAACAAAUUCGAACUUUUUCGAAUAUAAAUUUUCAUAUAAAUAUUUAAAGUAUGAAUUCGAUGCACCAUUUAAAAAUGAUCAAUUUAACUUGAACGUGAACAAAUAAUUGAACACUGUAAACAUUGAGAUUUUCAUUGACUUUCAAUUUGUUCCUCAUUCAGUUUUUGAGAUAAUGUCUUAAAAUACGAAAAAUUUAAAGUAGAUUUUGUCAACAAAAUGUUUAGUGAUCAGAAUCUCUUUUGUUGAUAAUACUUGCAAAUAUUAAUUGAGUCAUUGGAUUUAUUCAAAAAAAAAAAUUAGGAAGUGAUAUUAUUGAAACUUAUCUAACAAUUCAAUCAAUUAAUUCUCAAAUUCAAGUAAUCGAUUGAAUUAUUCUUGAUGGAAUUAUGUCAAUAAAACAUUCAGAUAUAUUUGAGAAUCAAUUUAAAAAUUUAAAUAAUCGACUUUAUUUAUAUUUAUCGAAAUGUCAACAAGAUCAAUUAUGUUCAAAAUUAUUUAAUCUUGUUACUGGUACUAAUCAAGAUACAGGGUGUAACAAAAUUAUUGAUCCCCUUUUAUUUUUGAGUUUUUUCAGUGAAGAUAGAUAGUUAGAUGAAAUCUAAAUAGUGAUUUAGAUAGCUCUUGAAGUUCUCUAUCGAAUACAUUGUAGACCAAAAUUUCAAAAGAAACUUUCUGAAGUGAAUUUUCCAGAAAACCGCUCCACUCAAAAUUCAGGU